AUGGAGCAAUUAUCAGAUGAAGAACUUGACCAUGGUGCAGAAGAAGAUAGUGAUAAGGAAGAUCAGGAUCUGGACAAGAUGUUUGGGGCCUGGCUGGGGGAACUGGACAAACUCACACAGAGUUUGGAUACAGACAAGCCUGUGGCACCGGUGAAGAGAUCACCUCUCCGUCAGGAAACCAAUCUUGCCAACUUCUCGUAUCGCUUCUCCAUGUACAAUUUAAAUGAAGCCCUGAAUCAGGGGGAGACUAUGGAUCUGGAUGCCCUCAUGGCUGAUCUCUGUUCCAUAGAGCAGGAGCUCAGCAGCAUUGGGUCUCAUUCAGCAAACAAUGCUGCAGUGAAAUGCCUUGCCACAGAAUCCAAAGCUCAGAAACCACCUGCUAGCCGACCUUCUACUAAGCACAGCACCAUGAAAGGAUUAUCCUCCUCAUCUGGUAAGGUGACUAAACUAUCACAUGGCAACGUAUCUUUGGACGACAUCACUGCACAGUUAGAGAAGGCUUCUUUGAGCAUGGAUGAGGCAGCCCAACAGUCUGUUGCAGAAGACACCAAACCAGUAGUUACUGCUCAGCACAGGAGGACAGCAUCUGCUGGCACAGUGAGUGAUGCCGAGGUGCGCUCAAUCAGUAACUCCUCCUGUUCCAGCAUAACCUCUGCAGCUUCCAGCAUGGACUCCUUGGAUAUCGAUAAGGUGACAAGACCUCAGGAGCUGGACUUGACAUCGCAGGGGCAACCAGUCACUGAGGAAGAACAGGCUGCUAAACUCAAAGCUGAGAAGAUUAGAGUUGCAUUAGAGAAGAUUAAAGAGGCACAAGUGAAAAAGUUGGUGAUCAGAGUCCAUAUGUCUGAUGACAGCUCAAAAACAAUGAUGGUGGAUGAGAGGCAGACAGUGAGACAGGUGUUAGACAAUCUGAUGGACAAAUCGCAUUGCGGUUACAGUUUAGACUGGUCAUUGGUGGAAACCAUCUCUGAAUUGCAAAUGGAAAGGAUCUUUGAGGAUCAUGAAAAUUUAGUUGAAAAUCUUCUGAACUGGACAAGAGAUAGUCAAAACAAGCUGAUGUUUGUGGAACGUAUAGAGAAAUACGCACUUUUCAAGAAUCCCCAGAACUAUCUUCUGGGGAAGAAAGAAACCUCUGAGAUGGCAGACAGAAAUAAAGAGGUGCUGCUAGAGGAAUGUUUCUGUGGAAGUUCUGUAACUGUGCCAGAGAUUGAGGGAGUUUUGUGGCUCAAAGAGGAUGGUAAGAAGUCUUGGAAGAAACGUUACUUUCUUCUUCGAGCUUCUGGAAUCUACUAUGUCCCUAAAGGGAAGGCAAAGGUCUCGCGGGAUCUCGUGUGCUUUCUACAGCUAGAUCAUGUCAAUGUUUACUAUGGACAGGACUAUCGGAACAAGUACAAAGCACCCACAGACUAUUGUUUAGUGCUAAAGCAUCCUCAGAUCCAGAAGAAGUCCCAGUAUAUAAAGUACCUUUGCUGUGAUGAUGUAAGAACUCUACACCAAUGGAUCAAUGGCAUCCGCAUUGCUAAGUAUGGGAAGCAGCUAUACAUGAACUAUCAGGAAGCGCUGAAGAGAACAGAAUCGGCAUAUGACUGGACUUCCUUGUCUAGCUCCAGUAUCAAGUCAGGCUCCAGCUCAUCUAGUUUGCCAGAAUCUCAAUCAAAUCAUUCUAAUCAGUCUGACAGUGGAGUUUCUGACACCCAGCCAGCUGGACAUGUCCGUUCCCAAAGUAUUGUCAGCUCCAUGUUCUCCGAGGCCUGGAAGCGAGGCACUCAACUGGAGGAAUCCAGCAAGCCCCCUGCCGCUCCCUCGCCAGACUUCCCCCCUCCUCCCCCAGAGAGCAGCUUAGUGUUUCCUCCUCCACCUCCUUCCCCGGCUUCCUCUGCAGGUUCUCCCCCCCCUGACAAAUCGGGGUCUCCGGGCAAAAAGACCGGCAAGACGUCAAGCCCCGGAGGGAAGAAACCGCCUCCGACACCUCAGCGCAACUCCAGCAUCAAGUCCUCCAGCUCCACCGAGUACCAUGAGUCCAAGAGACCUUCCGUGGACCGCCUGGUCAGCAAAUUUGCACACCCGCCAGAGCCGUCGGGGUCUCCUUCCAAGGAGUCGUCGCCUCCUGCAGCCCCUCCGAAGCCGGGAAAGCUCAACCUUUCCGGGGUGAGCCUGCCCAUUGUUCUUCCGCAAGGAGGGAUCCCAGCCAAGGCGCCGGCUCUGGGUCUGUCUGGGAAAGAACCCGUGGUCGAAUUCCCUUCGCCACCGUCUGAUUCGGACUUCCCACCACCACCACCUGAAAUAGACCUUCCUCUCCCGCCAGUUGAGAUCCCAUCCGUGUUUUCAGGCAGCACCUCCCCGAAAGUCGCUGUUGUCAAUCCCCAGCCUCAAGUGUGGUCAAAACCAUCUGUGAAAAAAGCCCCGCCACCCACACGUCCCAAGCGGAAUGACAGCACUCGGCUGACGCAGGUGGAGGUCGCAGAGCCAGCGGGCUCAGCUGGCCCUCAAGUGCCCACUUCGCCCAAGUCCAGCCUUAGCGUUCAGCCGGGAUUCCUGGCAGACCUCAACCGGACACUGCAGCGGAAGUCCAUCACCCGGCAUGGCUCCCUCUCCUCCGCGCGGAUGUCCAGAACAGAGCCCGCAGCCACCAUGGAUGACAUGGCCCUGCCGCCGCCGCCGCCGGAGCUGCUCUCUGUGACUUGCGGGCCACUCCGUGACCGGCCAGCCACCUGGGGAGGAUGUGGGGACGCGAGUGGUCGCCCCACCAAAGGAGGUGACCUCCAACUGCAGCUGAGGCUGAACGUAAAGACCUUCUCCUCACGGCUAGGCCGAGAAGGCCGGGGGCUUGGGGUGUUGAUACUUUAUUGGGAAAGGUGGGUAGCAAGGCAUUGA